AGGCGAGUUCACCUUCCAAGACGGGUCCACGUACGCAGGGGAGUACCUCAAGAGCGGGGAGUCCAUCUGCAUGCACGGCGAGGGCAUCCUCAAAAUGGGGCCAGAGACCUUCCAGGGCUUCUUCGAGAGGGGCCUGUACAAGCGCGGCAAGUUCACCAGCUGCAACGGCUCCGUCUACUCGGGCAGCUUCCUCGCGAACCGCUUCCACGGGGUGGGCGAGUACACGUGGCCCGACGGCCGCGUCUACUCGGGCAUGUGGAGCGGCGGCGAGAUGCAUGGGAUGGGGGAGUUCCUGAACUUCUCAAUCGGUGACCUCAAGGCCUUCUCCGGCUUCGCUGUCCACGGCGAGUUCGCGUCCAGCUCGGAGGAGCAGAAGGAGGC